AUGCAGGAGUUUUCGGUAAACAGAACACAGCGUGUCCGAUUUUCGGGUUAUAUAAACAACUUUUUAUGGUUUUCUGUUAAUCAGUACCUUUCCAAAAUAAAUGACGAACUUCCUGAUGAACUUCAUGAUAAAUUUUAUUCAGUCGCAUACACCUUAAGUAAUUUUUGCAAAGGAGAAUUGAAAAGUAUUUCGUUUAAAAAUGAAAUUUUUAAAUUUGACUCCUCAAUGAUUAUAACCAUUUUGAACCUUGAAUGUGAUGUAAAAUAUUUUAGAACUGAACUUGAAAAAGAAAUAUAUAGUAAAUUUACGGAUUUUUCUAUUACUGAAGUUUUUGUUAAGAGGAAUUUUGACCAAAACAAUUUGGAACUAAGCAGUACUGAAAUUACAGAGGAAAAUUAUGACACUCAAGUUCUUGUUGAGACAAAAUUGAAUCAAAACCCUGAAAUAAAAAGUUCUUCUGAAACUAUAGUUACUCCUACCACUCGCAAGGUUCUUGUUGAGAUUCUUGUUGGCAAAUGGAAAGACAAAGCAUUAAAUUCCUUUGGAAUUUAUCAUUAA